AUGCGGUUCUUGUCUCUGUUCGGAGCCGCUGCGGCGGCGUGGCUAGCUGGUGCAAAUGCUCAGGACACAUCUGACGUGAAGAGCAUCCCCCUUCGCACGCAUUCUUUAGUGCAGCCAUACCUCGACUCGGACCUCCAGAGCAGGUGGUGGGACUUUGGCGGCGACACCAUCAUCCGCGCCGACAAGCACAUCCGUCUCAGCUCCGACCGUCCCUCGCAAUCCGGCUGGAUCUACUCGAGAGUGCCCCUGACCGCGACCAACUGGGAGAUCGAAGUCGAGUUUGACAUUAAUGGCCAGGGCAACCUCUUUGGUGACGGUUUUGCCAUGUGGGUGACGACCGACAGAGCCCAGCAGGGUCCCGUCUUUGGCAACAAGGACAUGUUUGAGGGGUUGGGCAUCUUUUUCGACACGUACAAGAACAACAGGCCUGGUGUUGUCUUUCCCUAUGUCAUGGCUAUGCUGGGCGACGGAAAGACUGUCUACGACCAGGGUCACGACGGCAAGGCCAACGAACUCGCCGGCUGCUCGGUACGUCCUCUACAGCCCCUAAAUCUCCUUUUCUGCUUCUUCGCUGACACUCUAUCUUUAGNNGCACGUGGUCUCCGUAACGCAAACAUCCCCACCAAAGCCCGCGUCACUUACUUCCAGGAGAAGUCACUCAAGGUCGAAUUGAUGUACAAGAAGGAAGACGAAUGGACCCCCUGCUUCGACGUCCCCGGCAUCAAGCUGCCCGGUGUCACCUACCUCGGUUUCUCCGCCGAGACCGGCGAGCUGUCCGACAACCACGACAUCAUCAAGGUCGAGACCAAGAACCUGUACAGCCCGAGCGGCGCAGCAGGCACCCCCAAGGAUUACAGCAAGAGCGCAUACAGACCAAACCAGUACGCAAAGAAGGAGGGCGGUGGCUGGGGCUGGUUCUUCCUGAAGUUUGUCAUUUUCGGCCUGGUCUUGACAGGAGCCUAUGUUGGAUUCACAGUCUUGCGCGCAAACAGAAGACGAGACAGAUUUUGA